AUGUUCAAAAUAACCGAGUUGGUUUCCGCCACAUUUUCUCAGGCUUCUUCUGUGGUGAGCCAACAUUUCAUACCAACACCGACUACCACUACUGCCAGCGCUGGUGGUAGUGGCAGUGCAUCGGUCAUUAUCAAUUCUACCUUAAAUUCAUCUUCAAAUAUAUUAUCAUCAGCCUUAGCAUCGGCUGCUCCUCACUCCAACUUUGAUGCCAUUUCUGAACAGUUUGCUCAAUUCAUUGAGAGGAUUGGAAAGGUUCAGAGUCGUGAGUUAGAGUAUGAGGAAAUACAGAAAAUGAAGAAGGAAUUAAGGACGAAAUUAUCACAAAAUCCCAAUUUGAUCAAUGAUCGAUAUGAAAUGAAAGAAGUCAUUUUGAGGCUUCUCUAUUGCGAGAUGAUGGGACACUCAACUGAGCACUUUGCAGCUAUUCAUGUUGUCAAUUUUUGUGCUUUAAGUGACCUGUCAGUGUAUGAGAAGCGACUGGCAUAUUUGGCGUUGACUUUGUUGUUGCAUCGAAAUCAUGAAUUAAUGCUUCUAAUGAUUAAUGUCAUUCAGAAAGAUUUAAAAAGUCCUCGAUAUUUGAAUGUGGUAUCAGCCUUAAUUGCUUCGGCUAAAUUAAUUAAUUUGGAAACAAUUCCUGCAAUUUUGCCAUUUGUUGUCCCUCUGUUAAAACAUCAAAGGUCAGAGGUGAGAAAACGAGCCAUAUCUACACUUCAUUCGUUCUAUUUAAUGGAAAGAGAGAGAAAAUGUUUCAAUGUUGGCGCCUCAAAUGACGACUCUUUUUCUGGAAAUUAUUUGCAAUAUAUUGAUUUGUCACUUAACGACUUUGAUACUUCUGUGCUGCACGCUGCAAUGUGUUUCUUGUGCGACUAUGCCGCAGACUGUCACAUCCAAUUAAUUUCAAAACAGAAAGAGUAUCUAUCACAAAAGUUAAUCGAAAUUAUUCCAUACGAACUGAAACAUAUCGACAAACGAGUGUUAAAACUCUCACAAGUAGUAGUAUCAAUAUUGAACCAAAUUAUAGAGUGCAAUAUUUUCACAGACUAUAUCUAUGGAAAGUUACCAGCUCCUUGGUUUCAAAUCAAAGCUCUACAAUGUUUGUCAUUAUUGGGACGAUACAACAAACAAGUAAGCCAAGAAAUGUAUGAAAUUAUUAAAUCAACUUACAAGAGAGCUGAAAAAGCAAAGAACGAUAUUGGAACGGCUGUCAUGUUUCAAUGCAUCAAAACAGCAACCAAUAUUUAUCCCUCUCCUCAACUUCUCAAUUUCAUAUUUGAUGCUGUUACUCGGUAUAUUUGGAAUCAAGAUUUCAAAAAUGUAAAUUCGAGAUAUGUUUCUCUUGAAAUGCUAAGAAUGGUUCUUAAAUCAAAUCCAGGACUGGUAUUAAAACACCAAGACAUGGUUAUUGAUUCUUUAGAUAGUCAUGAUGAAACCAUUCAAAAGUUAACCACCAGGCUAUUAGUGAAGAUGGUCAAUAAGAAAAAUGUGAAAUUGAUUGUGGAAAGGCUCACUAAAUGUUUGAAACAUGUGAUAUCUGUAAACGAUCUAUACAUGGCUGAAGAAAUAAUUGGAUAUGUCAGUAUCAUUCUCGAAAAAUAUGGUUCCAUUGAUCUUAAAUGGUAUUCAACAGCACUUAUCAAAUUUCUCCAAGUUGUAGGCAAUGAAAGAAAUAUGGAAGGAAAGCCACUCAUUUCUGAAAAUGCCACCAACAAGUUUACACAAACAAUUUUGAACUUGCAAACUGGUGAAGAGGAGAAUACCAUUCAAUUCGUAUCUACUUUCUUGUUUAGAAUCCUCGAAGAUGCGGUACAUGGAUCGAAAAAUGACUUCUCUAAUUCCAUUUUCACUAUUGCAAUUUGUGUUUUAAAAGGCAUGAACAACACAACAGAGGAUAAAAGCUCCAGGCUACCAGCUGGAGAGCACCUUGUAGACUUGUUCGUUGAUAUGUUAAAUUCGCCGCUCGAUGUAGACUCUAGUGUAAAAUGCUGUAUUCUAAGUUCAUUACUGGACAUUUACGUACAAGCUUCUUGGAAAGAUAAGCUCUUUGAGAGAAUUGAAAAUUCUCUGAAUGUGUUAAAAUCAAGCAGAAACGAAGAGAUUGUUGAGAGGACUUAUCAAUUAUUUUCCAUACAUUCAAAUGCCAGAAAUUGUGACUCCUUUUCAUCCAUAUUUUCAAGAGAGAAAGUGGCUACUGAUUCUGAUCUACCUUUUGUGAGGAGUUUUGUUAUUGAGCAAAUCAAGAAAGGUGCUUCUCUAUAUUCCAAUCAAAAGAAAAAAGAAGUAUUUGAAGCCUUGUUGUCUCCUGCCUCAUCAAAAGCUAACAAACCCCUCAUUAUUAAGGUUGACAAUAUUAAUCAAACAGAAUUAAAACUCAAGUCUGAUCAAGUACAGAGUGCGACCAAUGAUGCACAUCCUGAAAAGAAAAACAAGAUUAUUUGGGGUCCUGAGGAUUCCAUCACAGUGGAGGAAGAAAAGCUCAUCAAUGACAAACCUGAAGUGGUGAAAAUGUGUAACGUCAAACUGAAAGAAAGACAAUCAUUUCAUCAUGACUCUAAGCAACAAACAACUAAUGAUUUUGCAAAGGCUGAAUCAAACAAUGUCAGUAUGAACAGUGCUGACAUCACAUCAAAUGCAGAGGCUCUUCAGGAAACGGAAGAAUCUGAAAUGAUAAUUACCAUAACAUGCUGA